AUGGCAACCAAGAGCCUUCUUCUCGCCGCCCUCCUGGUCCUCGCCGUCAGCCUGGCGCCGCACGACGCGGCCGUGCAGAUGGUGUGCGGCCGUGAUGUGAUGGCCAGCGCGACGACGGACGGCAGCGGAACGUACACCAUGAACCUGGGCCCGGCCACCUCGUCGCUGCUCGCCCCACUGCUCGGCAACCAGUGCAAGGUUGUGGUGGUCACCCCGCUGGCCGCGUGCAACGCGUCCCUGGCCAGCGUCACCGGGACGCUGACCGCACCGGUGCAGCUCCUUGGUAUUGACACUGGCAGUGGCAGCGGUAGCGGCAGCAGCGGCCUCGGGGGGCUUGGUGGCCUAAUUGGGCUCAUUGGCCAGAUAGUGGGCGGCCUCCUCGGCGGCAUCCUUAACAUCAUCCCAUUGCCCUUCUCCGUCGUCUAG